AUGCGGUUCUCCACCAGUGUGGCCGUUGCCGUCCUCGCGGCCGGCUCCCAAGUCGCCGCCGUUCUUGGCACCUGUGGUGACCCCGCGUGCGUCGAUGCUAUGUUAAACGACUUCAUUCAGGUGGAUCCCGUGACCUGGUGCGACCUGUUCUUGAAUCCGCCAGUCAAGCAGUCCGUGAAUGUGCCAGCCCCUUGGGCCGCAAGCUGCCCCAACGAUGUGGCCAGAAUGACUAUCAACUGCAACUGCGUCUUGGACGAUGAAGAGCCCUGCAGCAGCGAGUCAUCGUCGUCUGUGCUCGAUCCCCAGCAGUUCGGCAUCGUCGAGCUACAGCUCGUCUGCCUCGCCCAGCCCGAGCUCGUCUCUGCCGUCGAGCACACCUUCGUCAUCGUCUUCGCCUUCAUCCUCACCCUCCUAUUCGCCCUCGUCGAGCGUUUCGCCCGUCUCUUCCUCGAUCCCGAGCUCGUCGGCCAUCUCUUCGCCCAGCUCUUCGCCCAGUUCGUCGGCCAGCUCUUUGCCCAGCUCUUCGCCCAGUUCGUCGGCCAGCUCUUCGCCGAGUGUCUCGCCCAGCUCUUUGCCCAGCUCUUCGCCCAGUUCGUCGGCCAGCUCUUCGCCGAGUGUCUCGCCCAGCAGCUCACCAAGUAUCUCGCCAACCUAAGCUCGCCUCCUUCCUCGAGCACACCUUCGUCGUCGGUCUCCGUAUCGAGUAGUAGCGAGGAACCCUGCAGCAGUGAAAUCUCGUCGUCCGAGAUUUCCAGCUCGAGCUCGAUCCCUAGUUCUUCGCCGAGCUAUUCGCCGAGCCAUUCGCCGAGCCAUUCGCCGAGCCAUUCACCGAGCGGUUCAUCGAGCAGCUUGCCAAGCAGCAGCCCAUCGGUGUCGCCCAGCAGCAGCCCGUCGGUCUCGCCCAGCGUCAGCCCGUCGGUCUCGCCUAGCAGCAGUCCAUCGGUCUCGCCUAGCAGCAGUCCAUCGGUCUCGCCUAGCAGCAGUCCAUCGGUCUCGCCCAGCGUCAGCCCGUCGGUCUCGCCCAGCGUCAGCCCGUCGGUCUCGCCCAGCAGCAGCCCGUCGGUCUCGCCCAGCGUCAGCCCAUCGGUGUCGCCAAGCAACAGUCCAUCGGUGUCAUCCAGCGUUAGCUCGUCGCCAUCCUCGUCGCCUUCCCCCAGCCCCAGCUCAUCUCUUCCCUCGAGCACGCCUUCAUCCUCGAUCUCCCCAAGCGGUUCGUCCGUGUCGUCUGUUUCGUCAGUCUCUGGGUCGAGCAGCAGCGAAGAGCCCUGUAGCAGCGAGAUCUCGUCGUCCGAAUUUUCCAGCUCCAGCCCGAGCUUUAGCCCGAGCUCGAGCCUAAGCAGUACACCGUCGGGUUCGUCCAGUGUCAACCCGUCUGCGUCGUCCAGCGUCAGCCCGUCUGUGUCGCCCAGCGUCAGCCCGUCGGUGUCGCCCAGCGUCAGCCCGUCUGUGUCGCCCAGCGUCAGCCCGUCGGUGUCGCCCAGCCUCCAGCCCUAUCCGUCCGUGUCUGUCAGCAGUCUCGAGCUCGGUUCCAACUUCAUCAGUUCCUUCUUCCUCGGCGUCGUCACCAUCAGUUUCGUCGUCAGUCAGUUCGUCUUCGUUCGACCCGGGAUCAUCUGUCUCGUCAUCUUCGGUUCUUUCUUCGUCGGCGUCGUCACCAUCGGUCUCGCCUUCAGUCAGUUCGUCUUCGUUCGACCCGGGAUCAUCUGUCUCGUCAUCUUCGGUUCUUUCUUCGUCGGCGUCGUCACCAUCGGUCUCGCCUUCAGUCAGUUCGUCUUCGUUCGACCCGGGAUCAUCUGUUUCGUCAUCUUCGGUUCUUUCUUCGUCGGCGUCGUCACCAUCAGUCUCGCCUUCAGUUACCCGUCGAGCAGCAUCUCCAUCAACCCGUCGGGCGUCUCUAGAAGCCCGUCGAGCAGUAUCUCCAGCAGCCCGUCGAGCAGCAUCUCCAUCAACCCGUCGGGCGUCUCUAGAAGCCCGUCGAGCAGUAUCUCGAGCAACCCGUCGAGCAUUAGCUCCCCCGUCGCAUCGUCGUCUGUGAGCCCGAGCUCUUCCUCUGCGACGUCGUCUAGCAGUGAAAUUUCGUCGUCUGUUAGCACUUCGGGCAGCUCCUCUGUGCCACCGAGCUCUUCGCCGUCGGUGAGCCCCUCGGGCAGUUCGUCUAUCCCUCCGAGCUCUUCGUCGUCGGUGAACCCCUCGGGUAGCUCCUCUGUGCCACCGAGCUCUUCGCCGUCGGUGAGCCCCUCGGGUAGUUCGUCUAUCCCACCGAGCUCGUCGCCGUCGGUGAGCCCCUCGGGUAGCUCCUCUGUGCACUCGAUACCUAGUAGCUCGACUAGUCCUUCAUCUGUUCCUAUCAGCCAGUCUACCAGUCCUUCGUCGACGAGUCCCUCGUCUAUCCCUACCGGCCCGUCGAGCAUUGCUACAGGUCCCAUCAAGUCGACCGUUGGCGGUAGUAGCACGACUCUGUCGACCGUCACCACGACAAGCUCGAUACCAAGCUCGUCCGAGUUUGUCUCUACCUACUUGUCCACAUCCACCGUCUAUACGACGACCUGCUACGUGGUCACCUCGUGCCCGCACAACGGUGGCCACUGCGAGCUCGGCCACACCACGACUCAAACCAUUUCCUACACCACGACCGUCUGCCCCGUCACGACGACCGUUCCUGCAGGCGGUGGUGGCAGUCACGGUGGGCAUGGCGGAGGCGGUGGCGGCAGCGGUGGUGGUGGUGGCGGUGGUGGUGGCUCGGGCGGUGGUGGUUCCGGAGGCAGCGGUGGCUCUGGUGGUUCCGGCAGCAGUGGCUCUGGCGGUGGUGGAUCCGGCGGCGGUGGCUCCGGUGGUGGCGGUGGCUCCGGCGGCGGUGGUUCUGGCGGCGGCGGCUCUGGCGGCGGUGGUGGCUCUGGCGGUGGUGGCUCAGGUCAUGGUGGUGGUUCCGGCGGCGGCGGCUCUGGCGGUGGUGGUGGAUCCGGUGGUGGUGGUGGAUCUGGCGGUGGUGGUUCCGGCGGUGGUGGUUCCGGCGGUGGUGGUUCCGGCGGUGGUGGUUCCAACAAUGGAGGCGCCGGCAAGGGCAGCACGGCGACAACGACGGGCCCUGCCGCCGUUGUCACAGCAUCGGCCGGCCGCAUGGCGUCGACGGCGAUGUUUGCACUUAUCCCGGCUCUAGUGGCCACCGUUCUUCUAUUGUAA